UUUUAUUACCCGCUUAACUUAAAUGGACCAGGCCGACGCUAAACAGGAUGAAACAAAAAAACUUGGAUUUGCAUUCAAUCAAAUCAACAAAAUCUUUUGAUAUGAUUCGGUAUAUCUCUUCAUAAUAAUAGUAUUGCAUUAUAUCCUUCAAAUGAUUAUGUAUUUUGGUCCUUGAUUGACCCCAGCAUGGAUGGCAUGGAAGAUGAAUAUGACCCUGAGCUUUUAUGAAUGUCAAUCUCAAUCUGGUCAUCAACCUUUUAUUUUUUAGGUAAGAUAAAAGUGGUUGAGUAUGAAUUCUUAAUUUAAUUUGGUAAACUUUGGUGGUCUUGCGCAAAAUGGUCAACUUCCAAAUCCCAAGCAAAUGGUUUCCUGCAGGAAUAAGGGGGAGCUAGCCAAGUUGACCACGAACCCUUUUUCACAUAACAUCAUAAUUCAUAAAUAUUAAAAGUAGGUCCAUUGCUAUACGACAAGUUGUAGGAUCAUGGUUUGGUUUCUUCUACUCCAAUGACUUUGACUGAAAGCCUGCUGCCAUUGCCCAUAUCUUUCCAAAUAUACAUUUGGACAAUGUCAAAUCCGAAAAUUGGAUAAGAGAUCCGGUUUAAUUAUAUGGGAUAAGCUGUGCAGCUACAAGAUCUUUAAUGGUGUCUGGUGUUUGCAAUGAGUUGUAAGUGCUUUGGAUUUUUUGAUUGGUUCAAAGGAAGGUAUAGCCCUGACCAGACACAAGCUCAAGAGUUCACCAACGAGAAUGUAAAGCUUUUUACUUACAAUUCAUUGAGAUCAGCGACAUCAGAUUUCCAUCCAUCAAACAGAAUCGGUGCAGGUGGUUUCGGUGUUGUCUACAGGGUAAUGAAAGCUCUCCGACCGUUCUUUUGGAACAGAGCAUCCAUGUCUUCUGGGCUCUUUUUGGGAGUUUUGAGGGAUGGUACUCAAGUAGCCAUCAAGAAACUGUCUGCAGAGUCUAAGCAAGGAUCUAAUGAAUUCCUGACAGAGAUUGAUAUGAUAUCAAACAUACGGCACACCAACCUUGUUGAACUAAUCGGCUGUUGUGUUGAAGACAGCCAUCGGGCCUUGGUCUACGAAUAUCUGGAGAAUAACAGCCUUGCCAGUGUUUUACUUGGUUCAAGAAGAAAACAUAUUGCUUUGGAUUGGCCAACAAGAGCUGCUAUUUGCUUAGGUACAGCUUCUGCUGUUGCGUUUCUUCACUAUGAAGCUGUACCGCAUAUCGUCCACAGGGAUAUUAAAGCUAGUAAUAUACUCCUGGAUGGAAAUUUUCAUCCUAAAAUUGGGGAUUUCGGGCUAGCUAAGCUUUUCCCGGACAAUGUCACUCAUGUCAGUACUCGAGUAGCAGGAACAUUUGGAUAUUUGGCACCAGAGUAUGCGCUUUUAGGACAACUAACCAAGAAGGCAGAUGUGUACAGCUUUGGGGUGCUCCUGCUUGAAAUAGUAAGUGGUAAAAGUAGUAGUAAGGCAGCAUUUGGAGUGGAAUUCAUGCUUCUGCUUGAAUGGACAUGGAAACUGAAAGAAGAAGACAGGCUUCUAGACAUUGUUGAUCCAGAAUUGAGUCAAUAUCCAGAAGAAGAGGUUCUGCGGUUCAUCAAGGUUGCCCUGUUUUGCACCCAAGCCGCUGCAAACCAAAGACCUACCAUGAAGCAAGUGGUGGAAAUGCUUUCCAAAGAAGUGAACCUAACUGAGAAAUUGCUGUCAGAGCCAGGUGUUUACAAGGGCCAAAACCCUCGCCACUGGGGCGUCAACAAAGACCUGCAAGCAUUUGAUCCUUCCUCCUCAAGCAGGAUUUUUAGCUCUCACAUUAUAACACAGAUGCUUCCUAGGUGAUAAUGCAUAUAUAUAUGCUAUGCUUAUUAUAUUAUCCAUUGUCUCGUCUACACCGAUGCUCACCAUUCCAUUUGAUUACAUGCCUGAAAUGAUUAGUUGGCCUCGGCCUACAAUAGUAAGAAAUUAAUCUCCAAAAUUUCAAACUUUGGUCAUCA